AUGUCGUCGGCUUACGGCAUGUCCCGACUGGGUGAUUCCUUGUCCGUCCUGGAUCUCUGCCGCGUCGAAUCCUUCACGUCGGUGCGAAGCCUUGUUCGCUUGGGGCCCACUUUGUUCACCUACGGCAUGUCCCAAUUGGACUCCCCACUCUUCGUGUUGGACCUCAUUCAUUCUGACUUCUGCAUGCCUGCUCGAACUCAUGCGCGACCUGAACUUGCCUCACUGGCCUUUGGCUUGACAUGGCUUGGCUUCUCACUCUUUGUCUUGGACUUCACGACCUUCGGUUCCUCGCUCUUGUCAAGGACUCAUGCACAAAUGGGGAGCCAACCCUCAGUGUACGGCCUCGCACGGAUGGACUUCCCUUUGUUGGCACUCGAUCUCACCACCCCUGGAAGCUUCUUGCCUUUCCGCACUCUUGCCCAGCCGGAGCUCGUGAUGUUCGCAUAUGGAGUUCUACGCCUGGGAUUCACCUUAUUCACCUCAGACUACUUGCAACCUGACUCUUCUCCAUCACCUCAAAGCUUUGUGUGUUGUGGCUUGGCGUUGUUUCCCUAUGGUGUGGCAAGAUUGGAUCUUUUGCCAUCCGUCUCGGAGUAUGUCUGGAUGGGCUUUGUGAUGUCUUUCCGAUCCUCUUCUCAGCUCGAUCUCUCCACAUCUGCGUAUGGCAUGGCACGUUCAGGCUCGACGCUCUCAGCCUUGGACUUUGUAACGCUUGGCUCGGCCACUUUACUGCGAGCGCUUGCGCGGAUGGGCCUGUUGCUGUUGAUGUUGGGAUCCCUCGACAUUGCCUCAGGAUUGAAAGUCUAUGGUCCAAACGAUUUUGACAGUGCGUGCUCUGUACGGAGUUAUGCACGAUCAGGUUUCUCCUUGUCGCUCUUUGGUGUGACAUGUCUGGGUUUUCUUUUGUUGCUCUUGGACUUUGCCAUUUCGGGCUCGCCCUUCUUCUUAAGGAGUCUUUGCCACAUGGACUCCCUCAUGUUGGUUUUCGGCUUGGUGUGUUUGGGAAGCUUCUUGUUGGUCUUGGACCAUGUCUCCCUGGGUAGCUUUCUGUCGAUGAGUUCGCCCAUCUGCUUGGACGAGGCCAUGUUGCUGUAUGACUUUGCCAACUUCCGUAGCGGCUUGCCAUUGAGGAGCUAUGCAUGUUUAGGGUUUCUGUUGCCCGUCUAUGGCUUCGCAUGCUCGGGCUUGCCAUUUUCGGUCUUGGAUUUUGUGCACAUGGAGCUCCUCUUGUUGCUCAGGUCCUUUGGAUGUUUGGACUCCUUGGCUUCAGCCUAUGGCAUCAGUCGCUUGGGUCACACCUCACUGGCUCUGGAUCCUUCAGGUCCCUUCUUGCCACUCUUAGACUCCUUUUGCUUGGACUUCUUGCUGUUGCUUCGAAGCCUCACAUGCUUGGGAAGUGUGUUGUUGGUCUAUGGAGCAGCCUGUUUGGAGCCUUUGCCUUUGGCGCCGGACCUCGUGACCAUCGGCAGCUUCUUGCCUCUACACACACUCGUGCGUUCGGAUCUGGCCACGCCCAUCUAUGGAACCAACUGUUUGGAGCCUUUGUUGCCGACCCUGGACCCUACACACCUUGAGCUAGUUCUGUUCUUACACGCCCUCUGCCAUUCUGGCCUCCUACCUCCAGUCUUCGGCGUGUCAUGGCCGGAACCCACGUCGUUGGUGCUAGAUAUCGUUCACUUGGGACUCUUGCUGUUUCUGCAGGCCUUCAUGUGCUUGGAGCCCACCUCAUUGGCCUAUGGCAUGUGCUGCAUCGGUCCUAUGGCAUUUCUUUUGGAUCACCUUCAACUUGGUUUCUUACCAUCGCCUCAGACAUACCUCCGGAUGGGUUUGUUGCUCUCCAUUUACGGCAUCUCAAGACCUGACUUCUCGCCGUUGCUGCUGGACUUUUUACACUUGGACUUGACUCCCUCGAUCCAGAGCCUCAUGCAAAUUGCCUUCUCACCCUUCGCGUAUGGACUGAGCCGACUUGGCAGUUCCUUGUUGGUCCUGGAUCUCACCAUGUUGGGGCCUAUCUUGCCACUGAGGGGAUAUACCUGCUUGGGCUUCUUGCUUUUGGCCUUCGGGAUGAUGUGCUUGGAGCUCUUCCUGUUGGUCAUUGAUCCUUUGACUUCGGGAUCCAUACCAUCCUUGCAAGGGCCUUUGCGGCUUGAUUUAUCACUCUCAGUCUUUGGGAUGCACUGCUUAGAGCUCUUCCUGUUUGCCUUGGACUUGAUCCACUUGGAAAGCUUCUUGUUGGCCCAUGGCUUUGCACGUUCGGGCUUGAGCUUGCUGGUCUUUGGAAUGACUCGUUUGGGCUUCCUGCUGUUCUUAUUGGAUUCUUUGGCCUUAGGAUUGCUCCCGCUGGACUUGGCACUCUCCGUCUAUGGCUUGACUCGCUUGGGCUCCACGUCGUCGAUGUCGGAUUCCGUGCAAGCGGACAGCUCUCCAUUCUUGCGAAGCUUCUUUUACAUGGAGCUCUUCUUAUUCACCUAUGGCGUGGCAACGAUAGAGACCCAACCUUUGGCCCUGGACCUCGUAUCCUUAGACUUCUUCUUGUCCUUGCACUCCUUCUUGCGCCUGGGCUUCCUGUCGUCCCUCUUUGGCCUCAUGCGUUUGGAGUCGCCCUCGUUCGCACCGGAUCGUUCCUCGGCUGGACCUUCGCCGUUCUCGCGCAGCUCCUUGUGUUCGGAGCCCUGCAUCUUGGCAUUCGGACUGGCGAGGUUGGACUCCACCUCAUCGCCAUUGGACCUCGGCGAUGUGGAGUUCUCCUCAUCCAUUCGAAGCUAUCUUCGUAUUGACUUCACACUUUUGGUCUAUGGUCUCUCUUGGACGGGUUUCUUUUUAUUGGCACUGGACUUGAUUCAACCCAGCAGCUCCUUGUUCUUAAGGUCUUUCAUUUGCUCCGAGAUCAUCCUGUUCGCUUUCGGGCUGUCCUGUUUGGACUUCUCUCUCUCGGUCUCGGAUCCCCUGCGUUUGGGAUCCACACUGUCGUCGCAAAGCCCCAUGAGACCAGGGCCGACCUCAUUCACCAGCGGAUUGGCACGGCCUGGACUGUCCUUGUUGGCACCUGACCCACUCUACUUGGACUUGAUCUCAUUGCCACGGAGCUUCAUGAGGAUAGACUUGACCAUGUCACUCUAUGGCAUGAGUUGCAUGACUUCUGUACUGGUGUUGGACUUUGUCACUCUUGGCUUCUUCUUGCUCUUGCGAAGUUCUCUGCGACUUGAGCUUAUGCUGUUGGUGGUGGGGAUCUCGCAAUUGGGCUCCAGUCUAUUGACGCUGGACCCUUUGAAUCCUGAGCUCACCUUGUUCAUGCGAAGCUUUGCAUGGUUGGGAUCAGUUCCGUUGGUCUUCGGGGUCUCUUAUCCGGAAUCAUUCUCGUUGGCUCCAGACUACGUGUGCUCAGACAGCAUUGGCCCUUCCGCGUUCUUGAGAAGCCACUUCCAUUUGGGUCCCUCUUCAUUGGUCUUUGGCAUGUCAACCUUAGGCUUCAUCUUGUCAAUCUUGGACUACUUGCAGCUGGGUCUCUCCACAUUUUCGCGAUCUCACAUGUGUCUAGACUUGCUGCUUCCGGCCUUUGGUAUGACCAGGAUAGGCUUCUUGACGCUGACGUUGGAUUUUGUGCUCAUGGACCUGGUCUUGUCCUUGCAGAGCUUCAUUCGAUCAGACUUGCUGCCGCCCAUGUAUGGCCUAAGCUGCUUGGACUUGAGUCUCUUCGUGUCAGACUUUGUAUGUAUGGACUUCGCCCCAUCGAUCCGACCUGCCAUGCGACCAGGCUUCACAUCUCCUCCCUCUGGAGCAGCUCGCUUGGAGCUGUGCCCUUCGGUCUCGGACUCCGCGCAAAUCGGAUCCUUCUCGCCGCUGCAGAACUCUGCAAGGUUGGACUUUAUGUCGUUGAUGUAUGGCAUCUCACGGCUCGAAUUCUUCCUGCUCGCCACAGAUUCCGUGACCUUUGAGUUCUUCAUGUCCUUGCAAGGUCAUGUGCGACUUGACAUUCAGCUAUUCUUGUAUGGAUGUGACUGUUUAGGGUUUCCGGCAUUGAUCUUGGAUCCCUUGUCUUCGGGUUCGUCGACCUUGUCAAGGAGCUUUGUGAGAAUUGAACUCUCCUUGUUGACCAGUGGCUUGUCACAAUUGGACUCAUCCUCAUUGGUCAUGGAUUCUUUUCAGAUGGGUCCCGCUCUCUUGUUGAGGUCUUUCAUGCACCUGGGAUUCGCGCUUUUGGUUUGGGGCCUUACUCGGCCGGGUCUUUUCUUGUUGAUUUUGGACCUUGUGACUCUAAGCAAGACCGUCUUCUUGAGAAGCAUCGCCCAGCCGGGGCUCAGCUCGUCAGUUUAUGGCUGCUUGAGGUCGGACCUGCCUCUGUUCAUCUUAGACUUGGCACAUUCCGACAGCAUGUCUUCUUUACGCAGCUUCUUGUGCUUGGACUCGGCGCCCUUCAUCUAUGGUGUGUCCUGCCUGGGCUUGUUCUGGCUGGUUUUGGACCUUGUGAAGUUGGACUUCACCUCGUUGAUCCAUAGUAUGGUCUACUCAGGCUUCUCACCUUUCACGUAUGGCUGUGCUUGUUUAGGGCCCUCCUUAUUAACCCUAGACCUUGUGAGUUCGGAUUCUCCCUCGUCCGUUCACAGCUUCGUCACCCUGGACUUCGUGCUGUUCGUCUACGGAUACACACGCCUCGGCUCACCGCCAUCGGUGUCGGACUUCGUGCAUUUGGGCCUGUCGUCGUUCCUGAGGAGCCCGUGUUUUACCCGUUUGGGCUUCUUCACGUCUGCCUUCGGACUCAUGCGCCCGGAUUUGGCGAUGUCUUCGCUGGAUCUCGCACAGCCAGGCUUGUCGACGUUCUUGCGGAGCUUCCUGCGCAUAGGAUUUACUUUGUUGGUCUAUGGCAUGACAUGCUUGGGCUUCAACCCUUUGAUCUUGGACUUCAUCAAGCUGGGUUUCUCUUUGUUCCUGAGAUCCUUUAUUCACUUGGGUUUCUUUCUGUUGGUCUAUGGCAUGGCAUGGCUAUGCAGCUUGGUGUCAGUCUUAGAUUACAUCCAUCCAGGCCUUUCCCUUUUGAUGCAAGGCUCCUGCUAUUUGGACUUCCUGACGUUGGCCUUCGGCCUGUCUCGCUCGGAGCUCUCCUCAUUUUCGCUGGACCUCUUUCAGGCCGGCUUGACCCCCUUCUUGCGGAGCUUUGCGCGCUCGGGGAGUACCUCGUUGCUCUAUGGCUGCUGCAUGUCAGACCCGUCCUUGUUCGUCUUGGGCUUGACUUACUUAGCAUUCUUGCUGUUCAUCCGUUGCUCCACUCGUUUUGGCUUGGCGACUCCAGCCUAUGACACCACGCGCACGGGCUUGCUGCCGCUAGCCUUGGACCUCGUGCACGUGGACUCGCUGAUUUCGGCGCGGAGCCUCACGCAGCUGGCGUUGUUUUUGUUGGUCUAUGGCGCCACACGGUUGGAGUUCAAUCUGUCCGUGUUGGAUUUUGUGAGUUUUGGUUUAUCCUUGUUUUUGAAGACCUUUUUCUGCAUGGAGCUCUUGUCGUUGGUCUAUGGCAUGCAAUGCAUAGGACUGAUACUGCUAGUCUUGGAUCUCUUUCAGAUGGGCUUCGCCUUGUUCUUGAGAAGUAUGAUGUGCCUGGACAGCUUUGCGUCCACCUACGGCCUCACCACUUCGGGUUCCUCCACCUUUCUCCUGGACUUCUUGCACUCAGACUUGUCGCCCUUGUCAAGAUCCUACCUUCGUUUCGACAGUUUGCUAUCGGUCUUUGGCUUAGCUUGCUUGGGAUUCUUCUUGUCGGCCUCGGACUUUGUCACACUGGCCUUCUCGAUGUCACUCCAAGGCCUCUUGCAGAUCGACUUCACAUCGUUGGUUUUUGGAUUGGCCUGCUUGGAGAGCAGCUCAUUUACUUUGGAUUUAGUCUCCCUGGAGUCCUUCUUGUCCACGCGUCGUCUCGUGCAGUUCGAACUCUUCUUGCUGGUCUAUGGUAUGCUGCGACCAGAGUCCAUGUUGCCGAUCCCUGACAUGAUCAAUACUGAGCCGACUUUGUCCACACAAAGUCUCUUGCAACUGGGUUUCAGUCUUUCAGCCUAUGGAAUGUCGUGUUUGGACUCGAGUUCAUCAGCGAUGGACUUCCUUCAGUCAGAAUUCAUGACGUUGUCACAGAGCUUCAUGUGUCUUGAACUGAUGAUGUUUGCAAGUGGAUGUUGCCAUCCAGGACUGUCGCUCUCAGUCUUAGACCACAUGUAUUUUGGAUUCGCAGUUCCUGUGAGGUCCUUCAUUCGAUUGGGCCUCAUCACGUUGGUCUUUGGAAUGGCUCGGCUCGGGUGUGCCACGCCGGCCUUGGACUUCGACACAUUCAGCAGCUCCAUACCUCUCCGUAGCUUUGUGUGUUUGGGUUUUUCAAUGUUCAUCUACGGCAUGACAAGGAUGGGCCUCAUGAUACUAGUGACGGAGUUUGUGAAUCUGGAGAGCUUCUUAUUCUUGAAGACCUUCCUGUGCUUUGACUCGCCGCUGUCCACCUACGGCUUCUCCAAGUUGGGUUUCUUCCUUCUAGCCUUGGAUCUUUUACAGUCGGGUUUGGUGUUGUCGCUGCAGAAUCUCGUGCAAUUGGGCUUGCCCAUCUUCUCAUAUGGCCAUACUUGCCUGGGUUCACUUCCACCCACUUUGGAUCAUCCUACUCUAGGCCUAAGCUUGUCAUUGAGGGGCUCCCUGAGGCUGGACUCUUCGACCUUGAUCUAUGGCUUCUCAAGCCUAGAGAGUUUCUUGUUGGUCUUGGACUUCUUCCAACUCGACUUCUUCCUGUUGCCUCAUGGCAUGUUUGAAUGUGGCUCCAAGUUAUUGGCCUUUGGCAUGACAUGUUUAGGAUUGCUGCUGUUCUUGCUCGACUUCCUCCACCUGGGAAGUUCCAUUUCGUUACGAAGCUGCGUGCGAUUUGGUUUCACGCUCUUCGCUUACGGCUUAGCUCGUUUAGAGUUCCCAUCGCUGAUUCUGGAUCCUGUGCAACUCUCGAGUUCCUUGUUCUUGCAAAGCUUUCUCCACAUCGACUUCUUCUCGUCGGCCUUUGGCAUGUGCUGUUUGAACUUGUCCUCGUUAAUCCUGGACUUCAUCACUUGGGUCUCAUCAUUGGCCUUGGACAUCGUGGAGAUUGAGCCGCCUUUGUUUUUGAAGGCAUCCAUGCGAGUCGGACCUUUGACGUUGGUCUAUGGCUUGAGCUGCUGCGACUCCUUGAUGUUGACCUUGGACCCUGCGGGAUUUGACUUCCUCAUCCGAUGUGACUUCUCAUUGCCCGUCUACGGCCUUUCGUACCUUUGCUCAAGCUCACCAGUGCUAGACUUUGUGAACAUUGGUUUGAUCCUGUUCAUGCGCUCUUGGGGUCGCCUCGGAUUGGCAUUGUUGGUCUAUGGUAUGACCUGUUUGGAGUUCAUACCAUCUACCUGUGACCUCAUGCACGUGGGAUUUUCGCUUCCAAUGCGCUUCCACACACGCUUCGGCAGUCUCUUGUUCGUCUAUGGUAUGGGUCGUUCAGGGUUCUUCUUGUCAGCCUUGGAUUUCAUCCAUGUGGGCUUUUUCUCGUUGCUGAGGAGCCACGCAUGCAUGUCAUCCAGCUUAUCCACCUACGGUCUUACUUGUCUUGGCUUUAGCACCUCAGUCUUGGACUUCAUCCAUAUGGGCUUGGCGCUCUUCUUGCAGAAUGCCUUCCAUUCGGGACUGGCGUCGUUGGCCUAUGGCAUGAUGCAGUUGGACUUGAUGAUGUUUGUCCUGGACCUCGCACACAUGGGCCUGCCCUUGUUGCCUCGCGCAUCUGUAUGCUUCGAGCUCUCCUUGUUGGCGUUUGGGCUCACAUGCUCGGACAGCCCCUUGUUGGCACCCGAUCUUUGCACCAUGUGCUCCUCGCUACUCUUGCGUGCCUUCGCGCGAUUUGGACUGUUCACGCCCUCGUUUGGCAUGAUGCGCUUGGGUUCUUUGUUGCCGAUGGCAGAUAUCAGCAAUUCAGGAUCCAUCCCUCCGUUAAGGAGUCUCUUCCAAAUCGGCCUUAUGACUUUCGCUUACGGCCUGUCCAGGCUGGGAUUGUUGCUGUUCAUCCUCGACUGGUGUCAAAUUGGCUUGUCUACACCCUUACAGGGUUUCUUGUGGACGGGUCUCACUCUCUUUGCCUUUGGCAUGAGCACUUUAGGUUCGCCUCUCCUGAUCUUAGACCUCCUCCAUUUGGGUCCAACGGCCUUGGUGCGGUCAUCUAGUCGACCAGAGUUAGCACUCUUGAUCUUCAGCUGCUGCAAAUCGGACUUCUCACUAUUCUUGUUAGAUUUCAUGACCUUUGGAAGCACCCCAUCCUCACGGAGCUUUACAUGUCCUGGUUUGCCCUUGUUCGUCUAUGGCAUGUCGCGCCUGGAAUCCUUGCCGCUGGUCUUGGAUUUUGCGACCUUCGAAAGCAGCUUAUACCUCUCACAGCUUGAUUCAGCAAUGCUGGUCUAUGGUAUGGCAUGCCUUGAAUCUUUCCCAUCAACCCUGGACUUUGCACAUGUCGACUUAAGCUCAUCGUUGAGAGCCCACAUUCACUCAGAUUUCUUCAUACCUGUCUUCGGACUCUCGCGAUUGGACUUGAUCUUGUUUGCCUUGGAUCUCAUCCACAUAGGACCUUUUCCACUCUUGCAAAGCUCCUACCACUCUGGAUUGGCAUUGUUCACCUAUGGUAUAGCUUGGCCAGAGCCCUUCUUGUUGGCCAUCGACUUUGCUUUGCUUGGCCUGGUGUUGCUGGCGCGGAGUUAUCUGCGCUUGGGGCCUUUGAUGCCUGUCUACGGCAUGAACUGCUUAGGGCUUACUCGAAUUGAUCCCUUUCCCUUGCUCUUUGGCUUGUCGCAAUGUGGCUCCUCCUUGUUAGCUUUAGACUUCGCAUUCAUGGGAAGCACCAUGUUCAUGAGAGCAUUUGUGAGGAUUGGACCCGCCAUGUUGGCCUAUGGUAUGACUCAAUCAGAUUUAUCACUCUUUCCGUCGGACUACUGCCACAUUGGUUUUACCUUUCCAUCACGACAGUUUGCACGACUGGGCUUCUCCACAUCGGUUUAUGGGCUCACCUGCGUUGGCCCUUCCUCAUCCGUCCUGGAUCUCGCCAUGAUUGGCAGCACCCUGUUUUCGCGUGGCCUCAUGCAACUGGGAAGCUUCGCGUCCGCCUUUGGCAUGUCUCGACUGGAGCUCUCGCCCUCGGUGGCAGACCUCGUGCGCUUGGACAGCUUCUCGCUGUCACGUGGCUUCGUUUGGACGGAAUCGAUGAUCUCGGCUUAUGGGCUGACUUGCUUGGAGCUUUUCUUGUUGAUUCCCGACCCUUUGCACCAGGACUCUCUAGUGUUCCUGAGGGGCUUUGCUUGUUUGGACCUGGUGUUGUUGCUUUAUGGACUUUCGUGUCCAGAGUUUUUACUGUUGGCUUUGGACUUUUUGAGUACAGGCUCAAUCCUGUCAAUUCAAAGCUACACAAGGCCAGGAAGCAUUCCAUUCGUCUAUGGAAUGUCAAAGAUUGAUCUCUCACUCUUGGUACUGGAUCAUAUUCGCAUCGACUUCUUCUUGUCAUUGAGAUAUUUUGCACAUCUGGACUUCAGCUUAUUGACCUUCGGCUUAGCCCGUCUUGAACCGCCCUUUUUAGUGCCUGAUCACCUGAAUGUGGGCUCCUUCUUGUUUGUGAGGUCUCUUGUGUGGCCCGACCCACUGCCAUUGGUUUAUGGCAUUGCAAGGCUGGACUUGACAUUGCUGGUCUCAGAUCAUAGUCAUUUCGACCCUACACCCUCCUUGCAAGCUCAUGCUUGUGUGGACUUGGCGCUCUCAGCUUACGGAGUCUCGCAUUUGGAGCUGUCCAUAUUUGCCUUGGACUUCGUGAAUUUUGACCUCACCUUGCCCUCACGCCCGAUGCCUUUGCUGCGAAGCUACUGCCAGUUGGGAUUCUUGCCCCUGGUCUAUGGCAUUAUGAGGAUCGACUCGAUGUUCUCGGUUCUGGAUUUCAUCCAUUUAGGCUCGUCACUCUUGCCCCGAAGCUCCGCUCGCUACGAACUGGCCAUGUCCGUCUACGGCUUGUCGCGUUCGGGAUUGACCUCGUUGCUCCUGGAUUCUGCACAUUUUGGCCCGUCCACGUUCAUGAGAUCUCAUACUCACUCAGACUCUGUGAUGUUGGCAUAUGGCUUGUCUUGCCUUGGCUUGACGCCCUUAGCCUCAGACUUCCUAUCCAUCGGUUCAAGUCUGUCUCUGCACAGCUGGUGUCAAGUGGGUUUCUUCUCGUUGGUCUUUGGCAUCACCUGUCCUGGAGUGGUCUUGUUGGCCUUGGAUCUCUUUCAUUUGGACUUCUCUUCAUUUCCUCGAUCCUUCCUUCGUUCGGGCUUGCCGCUCUUCGCCUUCGGCCUCUCCCGUUCAGACCCUUCGCUCCCUUCACUGGACCACAUCGCCAUGGGGAGCCUUUCAUGCAUGGGUUUGCCACCCUUGGUGUUUGGCUUAGCAUGCUUGGGUUUCCUCCUUCCCAUCAUCGACUUUGUGCACGCUGAAUUGUCCCUGUUGCCUCAUAGCUCCACCAGGCUGGACAGUGCCAUGUCAGUCUAUGGCUUGUCAUGUUCGGACUUCUUCAUGCCACCCCUAAACUGCUUGCCAUCAGGAUCGAUCACGUUCUUGCGUGGACUUGUGUAUUUGGGUCCUGCUUUGUUGGCCUAUGGCAUAUCUUGUCUGGACUUCUCGUGCUCCGCCUUGGACCUGAUGCAUUCUGAGCUCACAUCUUCACUCAGAUCCUUCUGUCGACUUGACAGUGCCUCGUUGGUCUUCGGGAUGACUCGAUUGGAGUUCUCCCCGUCCAUUUUGGACCUCAGCUGCAUGGAAAGCAUCUUACCCUCAAGGGCCCUGUGUCGAUUAGACUCGGUCUCACCUGCCUAUGGCAUCAGUUGCUCAGGUUUCUCCUUGCUGGUCCUAGAUCUCGUGCACUUAGGCUCCACUCUUUUCUCCAAGACCUAUGCAUAUUUGGGCUCGCCGCUUUUGACCUAUGGCUGCUCAAAACCAGACUUGAGCUUGCCAGCAUCAGACUUUGUGAAUCUAGAACUGUCGCUCUUCCUGCAUUCCUUUCUCCAGAUUGGAUCGAUGGGCUUCCCACCGCUUCUCCGAAGCUUCUUGCACUUGGGAUUCAGCUUGCUGGCCUUUGGGCUUUCAUGCUUGGACCUGUUUUCAUCCGUUUCGGACUAUGCAUUCCUGGGCUUCGAUCUAUCAACUCGAAGCUUUGCUCGUCCGGACUCCAGUGUGUUCCUUUGGGGCAUCAGCAAGCCUGGAAGCUUUUCAUUGGCCUUGGAUUUUGGACACUUUGACUUCACGCUCUUCCUAAAGACGAUGGCCCAAAUGGACUCCGCCUCGUUGGUGUGGGGCAUAUCGAAAUUGGAGCUUUUCCUACCAACCUUAGACUUUGCACACUUGGAGCUCUCUCCCUCUUCACAAAGCCUUGGUCAUGGUGCAUCUUUCUUGGUCUAUGGCAUUGCACGUUUGGACCCAUCCUCAUCGAUCUUGGAUCAUAUGACCUUUGGCUCAUUGAUGUCACUCCAAAGUUCUGCAAGGUCUGGAUUCUCCAUCUUGGCCUAUGGCCUAUGCUGUUCAGGACUCAUCUCGUUGGUCUUGGACCUUGUGCAUUUGGGCUCCAGCCUGUUGCUCCAUGCUUCUUCCUGUGCUGAACUCUCCCUCUCGGUCUACGGCCUGAGUCGGCUAGAGCCACCUUUUCUGGUUUUGGAUUCUUUCCAUUCGGGCUUCUCCAUGUUAUUGAAGUCCCGCGUUCGCACAGGUCCGUUCUUGCCGGUCUACGGCCUGAGUCGGUCAGACUCACUCCUGCUUUUCCUGGACUGCUCCUAUCUAGGGCCCUUAUCGUCCUUACAGUCACUUUGUCAGCUGGACUUCUUGAUGUUGGUCUAUGGAAUGAUGUGUUUGGACAGCACCUCGUUGAUCUUAGACCACACCGACCUCGGUUCCUUCACACCACUUCACAGCUUUGCAUGCUUGGAGCUGGCUUUGCUGGUCUAUGGCCUUUCCACAGUGGGAAGUUUGCUGUUGCUCUUGGACUUGAUUCAUCUCGAUCCACUGCUCUUCUUACGAUCUUUUGCUUGUCUUGGAUCAAGCCUUUCAACCUUCGGCAUGGUUCACUCAGACUCCUUCUCAUCGGUGUGUGACUUUGCCUCCAUGGAGUCCAGCCUGUUGACUCACAGCUUAGCACAGCUGGACUUCUCUCCGUCGGCCUACGGCCUCACCUGCUUGGGCCUCCUGCUGUUCUCAACAGACCUCAUCGGCAUGGAGUUCUUCUCGUUCCUCCACAGCCUUGCGCACUUGGAGAGUCCACCCUUGGCGUUUGGAGUGAGCUGCCCAGACACCUCGUUGCCUUUGCUGGACCUGGCGCACUUGGAGCUUUUGACGUCCUCGUACCGCGCUCAGGGGGUGAAGGGCGCGGCAGGGUUCGGUGAAGGUUCCCGCUCCACGAAGGGCGGAGCACCGUGGUCGCCCUGGGCGACGCGUGAGGCAGCUGAAAACGUAGGCAGCGCGGCAGCGCUACGUAGGUCUUUCGUCGGGUGGUCGAUGUGGCAAGUGGCGGGCAUGAUCGCCCUCUCCACGUGCCUCUUGGGCGCCGUCGCAGUGCUGCGCCCAGGCGAUGCCGCGGCUCCUUCCACACGGCCUCACACGCGUGGAUACCAACGCCUUUGGGGAUCCAGGGCCUCCUGCCGCGUGAUGGGGUGCAACAAUGACAACUUUGUCGGCACCUGUCAAUGCAACGAUGGGUGCAAGUACUUCGGAGACUGCUGCAUGGACUAUGAGGACCAAUGUGGGAGCGGCAACGCGGGCAGUGACUCCGGCCCGCAGGGGAUGCAGGGCUCCUGCCGGGAAUUCGGCUGUGGCUCCAACAGUCGUGGUUGCGAGGGCGUGGCCAACUGCAACCUUUGCGACUGCUCCGACUCUUGCAACGACAACGGCAACUGCUGUUCGGAUUACAAGGCCAUUUGCGGCGGAGGUGCUUGGGACAUGGCGGGCGCCGGUGAUGGCUACGAUGGCGAUGGGGACAGCUAUGGCGAUGGAGACGGUCAAUAUGGCAAUGCCGACAAGGAGGGUGAUUUCGAAUUUGGUCCCUGGGACGGUGCCGGUGAUGGCCGUGGCAGCGGCGAGAAGGCGUCGAACUCUGAGACCACGGAGAAAGCCACGACGACCCAGGAGGGAGCUUCCCACCACGACGCUUCUCACGAGUACGGCAAUCAUUAUGGAGACGUUGGUGACUCCGCCGGCAACUAUGGCGAUGCCGCGGACCAGGCCGGCGGCGAGGCCGGCGGGGAGGCCGGCGGGGAGGCCGGCGGGGAGGCCGGCAGCGAGGCCAACGGCGAGGCCAGCGGCGAGGCGGCUGGAGGAGAUGCUGCUGGAGAUGCUGGUGCGGGCGAUGCUGGCGACGCCGGCGAUGCGGGCGACGCCGGUGCUGCCGGCGACACCGGUGCUGCGGGGGAUGCCGGCGAUGCGGGCGAUGGAGGCGCAGAGAAGACGGAGACGGAAGCACCAGAGCCGCAGUUGCCGGCUGCAGCACAGAAGGAGUCGUACGAGGAGUCCCAGGAGAUGGUGAAUUCCAUCGGUGGCGACUCCUCGAAGCAUGACGUCUUUGAGGCGAAUCGCAAAGCCUGGCUUGAAAUGCUCCAAUGGCAACAAGUGAGUGCCUGCCCAGCUCAGAUGGUGGACAAGGACAUCAUCGGUGGCCAGAACUUGCAGAGUAUCCCUCACGUCACCAGCGCCGCGGUGUGCCAACGCCUCUGCACCGAGCGCAGCUGCGGCGCCAGCGCUUGGGGCGCCGCACGAGAGCAGCCAGGACUCACCGACGUGUGCUUCUUGAAGAACAUCGACGGCGAGGUGCAGUUCAAGGACAACCCCGGAGUCGUGGCCUCCUUGCCCUGCUGCCGCGGGGGAGAGGCGGAUUUGUGUCCGGCGUUGCUGCCCGAGACCGAUGUGGUCACACCCGACGGCCUGGAACCACAACAAGGUGUGAGCAGUGCGGAGGAAUGCCAACAGAUGUGCACCAAAGAGCCUUCCUGCAACGCUUUUGCCUGGGGUGCCGCCAGGAACGCGCCGGGGCUCACGGAUGUUUGCUUCAUGAAGACCAUUGGAGAGGGUCAAAAGCCGAAGCUGGUGGACAAGCCCGGAGUCUUGGCAGGCCUCCCCUGCGCCUGCCGUGCGCCGGUGGAACACGCCUUGUGGCCCUCCUCAGAGGUGGCACUCUUCACCAUGCCGGAGCCAGCGCCGCCGCAGCCUGCCCAGCCGGGUUCGGCCUACUGCGUCGUCCUGAUGCGCGCCUACACUUAUGAAGCGGGCUUGCUGAAGAUCCAGUUCGAUCAGCGACAAGGCAUCUUUGCCUGUGGCGGCUAUGACGUCUUCAGCAACCAGGAAAUGGUUUUGGCGGAUGGGUUGAAGACCAAGAAGGUGAGGUCAAGUCAGAUGUGCGAAGUUGGUGGAGAGUUCAAGACGGCGCUGAAUCUCCGGAUUUUUGCGGCCUUUUGGAAGGAGAUCUUUAUCCAGAAGGUCUUUAUGAAUUACAACUGGUUCGUCAAGGCGGACGCCGAUGCUGUCUUCGUGUACUCACGGUUGCCGCAAGUCCUGUCAGAAUACGACGACCGUGCAUCCGGAAGCAGCGGAGAGGGGGUCUACUUCAACAAUUGCAAGUUCGGAAUGCACGGGCCAUUGGAGGUCUUCUCACAGAACGCAGUCCUUGCAUUGCAAAGUCACUUCAAAGACUGCUACCACUACUUCAUUGGGCUCUGCAGUGGUGAUUGCAAUUGGGGCGAAGAUCUUUGGGUCGACCAAUGCUUGAAACGCCGUGCCAACGCAACCAUCACUCGAGUGAACAAGUACGACUUGCUGGAAGAGGAUCAUUGCGAUCCAGAGGACUCGCCCAAACUAACGUGCGAUCGAGUGGAGGGCACCGUGGAGACGAGGCUUAGAGCCAAGCGAGGAGAGGUUCGGCGUCGAGUUCGUGUGGUCGAUGUUGGCCCCAGAGGCGACUGCGCCCGGAUGGAUCAGCGGCGUCCCGUCGUCUUUUUCGACGGACCUGGCCCGAAUGCGGCGUACUGGAUUCGAAAAAGAAAGAAGCUGGUUUCACCGAUGAGAGCGGGUCGAGAUGACUUGAGGCACAGCUUCCUUCGUUCGGACCUGAUCCCUUCAGCCUAUGGGCUGUCACGCUGUGACUCUUCACCCUUGCUGUUGGAUUUUGUCCACUCGGACUUGAUCUUGCCGACCCACAGCUCUGUACACUCAGGAAUGAAGGAAGACGGCGACCGUGUGCGGAGGUCCUGCUCGGAGCCGCCGCUGUCGAUGUCGGACCUCAUCCAACUGGACCUCUCCUCGUCCACCCGCCGCGCCCUCGGCGAGCAGCGCCGUCCAAGGGCGAACCACGCGGCGAUGCGCGUGUGGCUGGGUUUGUCCUCGUUGGCCUUGGAUUAUUUGGCCAUGGGCAGCCCACCGUUACUGAAGAGCCUUGCACGCUGGGAGCCAAAUCUGGGUCCAGAGGGUCCAGAGCCGCCGUUCUCUGUGUGGGGCACUUCCACCUUGGGCUUCUCCUCAUCCGCCUUGGACUCCGUCUCCCUCGGACAGAAGAAUCAGCAGGGCCGCUCAAAGCGGGUCUUCCAGACUGGGAGAUCACCGCCAGAUCCGAACUCGUCCGUCCCCCGCGGCGGCGCGCUGGUGAAGCGAGCGAACUCCAGGCCGCCGCCGUCGUCGCGGCACUUUGCCCGUCCGGGCCCGGCGCUCUCGGUCUAUGGGCUCCUGCGGCCGGAGAGCUCGUCGUCGGUCUUGGACUACGUGCACCUGGACUUCCUUCCUUCGCCACACGCCUCUAUGCGUUCAGACUUCAUGUUAUCGGUCUUCGGAAUGUCACGGCCUGGUCUCUCCUUGUCCACACUGCACUUUGCUUAUGUGGACUUCUCCUCGUUCGUGAGAGCCUUUAGCUGCUUGGGCUUCAGCUUGUCGACUUAUGGCAUUAGCAACUUGGACUUCUUCCUGUUGGCCCUGGAUCUCAUCACCAUUAGCUCCUCGUUAUCUUCGCAAAGCUUUGCAUGUUUGGAACUCAUCUCGUUGGUCUUCGGUCUCACUCGACUCGCCUUGCUGCUUUUGGUGUUGGACCUCGGCCAGAUGGAGCCUCCACUAUUCUUGCGAGGCUUCUUUCGCUUGGAGUCCUUGAUGUUGGUCUUUGGCAUGUCAGAGCUGGGACCCUCUUUGUUGGUUUUGGAUCUCUUUUCCCUUGAGCCCUCCUUGUCAUUGCAGGGAUUGAUGCAACUCGAUUUCUUACCAUCCGUUUAUGGCCUCACAUGGUCAGAUUUCUCCUUGCUGGCUCUCGACCUGUGUCAUUCGGAAAGUUCCUUGUCUCUACAUGGCCCUGUUUGUUUAGACUUCGCGCUCUUGGUCUUUGGGAUCACUUGCUUGGAGCCCUUUUUGCUUGCCUUGGACCUCGCUCAAGCGGAUCCAUCCUCAUUCACGCGCAGCUUCUUGCGCUCGGAGCUUUCGAUGUUGGCCUUCGGCGUGUCUUGCUUGGACGACCUGCUGUUGGUUCUUGACCACGUGUGUUUCAGUAGCUCGUCGUCGUUGAGGAGCUUUGCACACUUGGAGCUAAGCCCGUCUUCGUUCGGCUUAGCACGGGCUGAGGAACUUCUGCCUGUGUUGGAUCACGUGCAGAUGAAUUUGUCAGACUUCAUCUCGUUGCUCUUUGGACUCACACGGCCCGGCUUCUCCGUGUCGGCGUCAGAUUUCAUCCUCUCCGGAUCAUGCUUGCUGCUCCGAAGCUUUGUUUGCUUGGAUUUGAUGUUGUUCGCAUAUGGCUUGAGCUGCUCAGAGCUUUUCUUGUCCUUGUUGGAUUAUGGAUGCUUAGACUUCGCAUUGUUGAUGAAGAGCCUCAUGCGACUGGAGCUGUUGUCGCCGGUGUACGGCCUCACCAACUUGGGUCCAAUGUCGCUGCCCCCGGAUUCUGCCACUCUGGAGUUCUCAUCACUCUCGAGGGGCUUCCUCUACAUGGGGUUCUUGCUUUUUGCCUAUGGUCUCUCCCAGCUCGGUCUAACACUCUUGGUGUCAGAUUUUAUUCACCUCGACCUUUCCCUACUUCUCAGGUCCUCCCUCCACUUAGACCUUCCACUUUCGGUCUUUGGCCUAAGCAGAUCAGAGCUCUUGUUGCCGAUCUUGGAUUACGUGCAGCUGGACUCAGUGCCGUCAUCACGAGGCUUCUGCUGCUUAGAAUUGCUGUUGUUGGUUUUUGGAAUGAACCGCUUGGAGAGCUUGUCACUGGUUCUGGACCUCGCGCUGAUGGGCUUGAUCACGUUCUCGCGGAGCUUCUUUCGGCUCGGAUCCAGCUCAUUCGCAUAUGCCAUGACACGGCUUGAGCUCUUUUUGCCCACUCUCGACCUUGUACAUUUGGACUUUCUGCUGUUGGUGCAAGGCUCUAUAUGGAUGGACUUCCUGUCGUUCGCAUAUGGCUUAAGCAAGCUGGACUUGUCAUCAUUACUUUUGGAUCAUGCCUCUGUAGAGCCUUCACCGCUUCUACAAGGACCUUUACGACUGGAACUGUUGCUCCCCGCCUAUGGCUUGUCCAGACUUGGCCUAUCCCCGUUGGUCUCAGAUUUCCUGAACCUUGACAGCAUCAUAUUCCUGAAGUCCCUUUUACAAGUCGGUUCAGCAAUUCUCGCGUAUGGCCUUACCUGCUUGGGGCCCUCCAUGUUGCUCUUGGACCACGUUUGUGUGGAGCCUUCUCCGUUACUACAAUCCUCCGCUCAACUGGACCUUCCACCCUUGGUGUUUGGGCUGACAGGGUCAGGGCCCAUGCUGCCCACUCUGGAUUCCGUGCAGAUGGACUUCCUGUUGCUGCCGCGCAGCUUUGCGCGCUUGGAAAGCUUCCUGUCGGUGUUUGGGAUGCUAUGCUCGGGCUUGAGUUUGUCCAUUUUGGACUUGGCCAAUACUGACUUCACCCUCUUUUUGAAGAGCCAUUCAAGGCCAGGAUUCCUUCCGCCGGCCUUUGGCAUUAUGUGUUUGGAGCUCUUCUUGCCCAUGCUGGAUCCCGCCACCGUUGGUUCGAUGACUUCUCCCAGGAGCCUUGUUCGCCUGGGAAGCGUCUUGUCCGUCUCUGGCAUUACAUGGCUUGAGUCCUCGUCAUUGGCCUCGGACUCUGCAACUCCAGGUUCCUCAUUCUUAUUGCAAGUCUUCUCGUGCUCAGGUCUCUCCAUUUUGGCCAUCACCACAGUGAGGCUUGGCUUUUCACCUCUCAUCUUCGAUCAUUGCCUCGUUGACUCCACCGUGUUUUUACGGCAGCUUGGACGUUUGGGCUUGGCCUCGUCGGCUUUGGGCGUCACGCGCUUCGGCUUCCCCGCGUCGGCCUUCGAUAGCGUCAGCAUCGGAUCUCCGCCGUCGGCACGGCACACGGCCCGACCCGGCUUCGCAAUGCCCAUGUGGUCCAUGUGCCGCGUCGCCUCCUUCACGUCGUCGUUUGACUUCCUGCAUCUGGGAUUCUUGUCGUCGGCCAGGAGUAUGAUGCAGUUGGACUUCAGUAUUUCCUUGGAAGGCAUUGGCCGGUCAGCUUUGUCUCCUUUCGUGUUGGACUCCUUGCACUCAGGCUUGCUUCCUUCGACUCACUCCUUUGCACGGAUGGCUUUCACCUUCUCCUCAUAUAGCCGAGCACAGUUGGGCUCCUUCCCACUGCCGUUGGAUCCCGUCUUCGCGGGCUCAGCCUUGUUGGUGAGAUCGUUUGCUUGGCUAGGUUUGCUGAUGUUGAUCUUUGGACUGGGACGUUUUGGAUUGAGUCUCUUGGUCUUUGACAUGACCCAGUUGGGCUUGCCCUCACCACCACACAGCUCCAGCAGACUUGGAAGUAUCAUACUGGUCAUAGCAGGUACGCGCAUCGGCUUCUCCUUCUUCAUUUUCCAGAUCGCAGAGUUUGACUCCAUCCCAUCGCUUCGGGAUUUGGGCCACUUGGACUUCACAGCUUUUGUGAUGACUUGGGGGCGCAUGGACCUCUUCUUGCCGGUUCUUGACUUUGUACACUUAGAGCUCUUGCUGCUGAUCCGGAGUAGCACCUUCCCUGGCUUCGCAGUGCUUCUCUCCGGCAGCUUCCGCACGGGUUUGCUUCCCUUCAUCCUGGACCAUACGCGUUUGGACUUGCCGUCGUUCUUGAGGUGCCUGGCUUGCGGCGGAUUCCUGCUGUUCUUCUUCGGCAUUGCAAAGUUGGGCUUGGCGAUCUUGGUCCCGGAUUACGCUUCCUUGGACUCCUUCACGUUACCCAGAUCAUCGCUCCGCCUAGGCCUGGCCUUCUUCGUGUUUGGCAUGGGCUGCAUGGGAUCUUCCAUGUCACUCUUUGAUUUGGCAUGCGCUGGAAGUGCUUUGUUCGUCAGAUCCCUUGCACAGAUGGGUUUGGUUCUCUUGGUUUAUGGCCUGACGCGCUUAGACUCCUCCCCCUCAGCGUCGGACUUCAGCUUUCUGGGCUUCUCACUGCUCAUCAGGAGUCUCAAUCAAGCGGAAUUCAUGGUGAGCGUCUUUGGUGUGAAUCGAUUUGACUCACCUCUCUUGGUACUGGACUCUUUGAACCCUGAGAGCUUCUUGUCGGUGCAAGGACAUCUUCGUUUGGGCUUGAACCUGUUGAUCUUCGGGCAAAAUCGCUUUGACUUGAUGCUUUUCGCCUUGGACCUCUUGAACUUGGACUUCAGCUUAUCCAUGCGCAGCUUCGCGCGUGCAGGGUCGCGGUCGUCCCUCUUUGGGUUAGGCCGUUUCGAUCCGCUGGCGCUUCUACCUGACAUGGCCGUGGUGGGUUCGUUGGUGCCGUUGCACAGCAUGACGUCCCUUGCCCAGUCAGACUCCAUGCCAUUGGUCUUCGGCGUCAGCUGCUUUACGAGUUUGCUGUCAGCCUUUGGAUUCGACCACUUAGACCCUACGCUCUUGCCACGGAGUAUGGGAUACUUGGACUUGUCGACAUCCAUGAUGAAAUGUGCACGAACGGACUCCUCUUCAUCAGCUUUGGAUUGUAUUGCGAUGGACUUCUUCAUGUCAACUCGAUCUCUCAACCACAUGGAACUCGCUUCUUCGGUCUUCACCCUGGCCAGACUGGGCUUCUUCCCGUUGGUCUCCGAUAGCACUUCUUUUGGAUUCACCUUAUCCACCCGGAACAUGGCACAGUUGGGUUUCGCCUCGUUCCUCUUCGAGCGGUGUCGCAUGGGCUUCUUCACGUUGAUGUUGGAUGCAUCGCAUUUUGAGCUCUCGCUGCUGCUGAGAGUCUACGCGCGACUGGGAAGUGCAUCUUCAACCUUCAGUCAGAUGAGGUUGGACUUGACUGCUUCAGUCUCUGACCUUGCGGAUUUGGACUUCCUGGCAUCGACCCGAAAUUCCGCGCGCUUGGGUUUGGCAUUUUUCAUCUUUGGCUUUGGAUGCAUGGGCUUCCUUUUGUCCACUUUGGACACUCUCACGGCUGACUCUGCGCUUCCCCUACAAUCCUCUUCUAGAUUCGGUUCGGUGCUGCCACUCGUUAGUAUCGGAUGCCCUGAGCUCUUCUCAUUGGUCUUAGACCUUUUGCAUUUGGAGCUCAUGUUGUCCUCGCAAAAUCUCGCACGCUUGGGGCUUUUCCUUUUGGCCUCCAGCCGCUGUGCCAUCGAUUCCCUCCUGCCGAUCCUCGAUACCGCUGAUCUGGAGCCUUUGUCGUCCAUGCGCUCCUUUGUUCAAGCAGGCUUCGCCUUCAGUUGCCUGGGAAUGGUGAACCUAGGGCCGACUCUUUUGACACUCGAUUGCUGUACUUUGGAAAGCUUUUUGUUGGUCAAGGGUCUCGUCAGCAUGGACUUGGCAGUCUUGACCAUGGAUUUGUUGCAUUUAGGCCCCUUGUUGCUGUCGCAGCAGCCCGCCAGAUGCUUCAGCUUGUCGCUGCAAAGCAUGGUUUGUGUUGGGCCACUAACCUUGGCCAUGGCUGCCACACGCCUUGAACUGCUACUGUUGACUUUGGACAUGGUGAUUUUUGACCUGCUCCUGCCACUGAGAUCAUCCGCACGAUCGGGAUUCAAAUCUUCGACCUUCCAGCGCACGGCACUCGACCUAUUCCUUUCCGCCUUCGAUUUUCUCAACUUAGAUAGCGCAUCGCUUCCCAAAAGCUUCGCCAAGGCGGGCUUCAACUCUUCAGCCUUCUCAUCCGCCAGAUUGGGCUUCUUGAUAUUUGUGUCGGAUAUGGCAUACCUGGACCCCUCGAUGUUUGCACAAAGCCUUUGUUGGCUCGACCCUUUGAUGUUCACGAUGGACUUCCUAAGUUCAGACUUCACCAUGCUUCUGCGAAGCUACGCACGGCUGGACUCAGCGACGUCCAUGUGUGACUCCUUACGCUUAGACCUGUCCUCGUUCGCACGCUCCCAUGCGAGGUCGGGACCCAUGUCGUUGGUGCGGAGUUCUGCGCGCAUUGGCUUGGCCUUCUUGUUGUGUGGACUCUCAAAGGUUGAGUUGAUCCUUUUGGUUUUGGACUCUGUGCAACUGGAAAGCUUCCUGUUGGCUCGUAGCGUCAGUCGACUUGGCUCCGGAGUGUUCAUUCUGGAUUCUUUGCAUAUGGACCCCAUGCCAUUCUUGCGCUCCAUGUCCCAUUUGGACUUGGCCUCUCCAGUCUUUUCCGCCACUCGACUAGGCCUGCCAUCACCAGCCCUGGAUCGUGCACGCUUGGGCUUCUCCUUGUCCUCGCGGUCCUUCGCAUGCUCCGAGUCGGUCUUCUUGAUUGCGAGCUGCUGUGAGUUUGAACCAGCUUCGUCCACCUUUGACCUCAGCAUCUUUGGCUUUUCAUCAUCUUCGAAGGCCUUCAGCCGCAUGGGCUUCAUGUCUUCGGUCUACGGUCCGGUGCGGAUGGGCUUGCUGUUGCCGGCGCUCGACCUUUUGUACCUGGGAAGCUUCUCGUUGGUGCGCAGCCUCGGGCGACUCGCCAGCACGGUAUCCAUUUUGGACUACCUGCACUUGGGAUUGGUGACGUUUUUGAAAGGCCAUGCAUGGAUGGACUCCAGCUUCUUGACCUUUGGCAUCUCCUGUCUUGACUUCACCUCGUCCACCUCGGACUUUGUGUUGUUGGGCUCUAGCUUGUUGCUGCACAGCUUCGCUCGACUGGAUCCAUCGAUUUUGCUCUUGGAUUUCGCCAGCUUGGGCUUCUUCAUAUCCUCACGCAGCUUGAGUCGCUGUGGCUCCCCAUCCUUGCUCUUCGGUGAAAUCCGCUUGGGCCUGUCGCUGUUAAUCUUGGAUCGCACCAAUUUGGACUCCUCCUCAUUAUUGCACUCCUUCACCAGCUUGGGUUUCACAUUCUUCACCUCCGGCAGCCUUCGGAUCGAAUCCCUUUUGUCCAUCUCGGAUGCCGUGAAUUCGGGCUCCAGCCUUUUGCUACAAAGCUUUGCACGAGCUGGUUCUUUCAUGUCAAUUUUUGAGAUGACUCACAUGGAGCUCUCACCGUUCUCGCAAUCCACCUGUUACUUGGAGCUCACUCCUUCCGCAUGGGGCAUUGCUCGGGUCGGCUUGGCGGUCUCCAUCUUCGAUUUCAUCCACCUGGACUUCAUGACGUCGACACGCGCGGGCACCUGCAUGGGCUUGACCUUCCUGAUCUUCGGCCUGGCACGUUUCAACUUGCCCUCGCUGGUGCUCGAUCGCGCACGGUCAGGCUCACCGCUGUUGCUACGCAGCCUCGCGCGCUUGGAGUUGUUGACGUUGGUCCUGGAUCCUUUUCAUUUGGAGUCUUGCCUGUUGGCACGCAGCAGGUUUGUUGUGGGCUCGGCCUUGUUGGUUUUCUCUGCAGCCAAGUUGGGCUUGCUGACAUCACCUUUGGAUAGCCUUCAUGCUGAGCCUUCCUUUUCCACACAUCACUUUGUUCAACUCGCAUUGACGCUUUUGGUACUGGACUGCACCAAAUUGGGCUUUCUGCUGUCCCCACGAUCAAUAGCUAAGCCCGAACCUUCUGUGUCGAUCUUUGGCAAAAUGGCCUUUGACUCACCUCCCUUGGCUUCAGACCUUUUACAUCCAGAGAGCUUUAUGUUGUCACAUGGAUAUUCGCAUUCAGAGUCCCCAUUUUUGACCUUUAGCAAGUGCAACUUGGGGUCCCUUAUAUUUGCUCUGGAUCCAUUUGACUUCGAUUCCGGCUCAUUUUUACACAGUUGCGCCCGCUCAGGUUUCACUUCGCCUCUCUUCAAGUGUGCAGAGUCAGACUUGUUGAUUUCCGCUUUAGACUUCGUCAACUCGGGUUUCUUCAUGUCACUUCAAGACAUUGCACACAUGGACUUCACAUCGUCGCCUUUUGGAGCAGGUUGCUUUGAGUUCUCGCUUUCAGUCUUGGACUUCCUGUACUUGGACCCCGCAUCCUUCAUGCGCAGCGCUUCAGCUUCAGGCUUCACGAUCUUCCUCUUCGGAGUCUCACGCAUGGAGCUUCCGUUGUUUCUCUUGGAUUUUGCGCAGUGGGACUCAUUCUUGCCUGUGCGAUCCUUCAAUCAAAUGGGUUUGGGAACUUUGAUCUUUGGCAUGUCAUGCUUUGCCUUCUCUCUCUUGGCCUCUGACAUGAGCCAAUUAGACUUCAUUUUGUUCCUUCGUGGAUCUACAUGGCCUGAACCUGUCGUCUCAGCCUUUGGAAUGACACGCUGCGGUUUUUUCCCGUUGCUCUUCGACUUCACGGCCUUGGAACUCUCCUCAUCUGCACGAGUGGUCGCGAAGAUGGGCUUCUAUACGUUGGCCUUUAGCCGCGCCAGCUUGGAGUUGAUGGUGUUCACACUUGACAUGACUGAACUCGCAUCUUUCUCGUCCACGCACAGCCUUGCACGCUCUGAUUUGGUCUCGUCGAUCUGUCGAGCAGGUAGCUUUGAGAGUGCAACGUUGGCCUUGGAUUUCCUACACAUGGGAUUCUCAUCGUUUCUGCAAAGCUCUAGCAGAUUCGGGUCCACGAUCUUGAUCUUUGGGGCCAGUUGCUCUGGCUUCUCCUCCUUCGUCUUGGAUAUGGUCCCAUUGGACUCACCUCUGUCACUUCAAAGCUUUGGACGACCAGGUCUCAGCUUCUUGCUGAUGAGCAGCAGCCGAAUGGAAUCAAGCUUGUUGGCCUCAGACGCUUGUGAACUGGACCCUUUGAUGCCCAUGCGAUCCUUUGCCCGUUUCGGUAGCAUGUCUCCAGCGCUGAGUGCUGCACGUUUCGGCUCGUGCAUGCUGGUACCUGACAUGGUGGAGAUCGGCUCAUUCUCAUCAGCACGGAGCAUGGCACUUCCUGGAUCUCUCUUGUUCAUUUCCGGCUUCUCAAGGAUGGGAUUCUUCUCAUUGAUCUUGGAUUUCUUGAGGCCGGAUCCUUUGGCAUUCUUGAACUCUUUCGCACGUCCUGGUUUCUUGGUGUUCAUCUUUAGUAGGGCCACAACAAGCAGCUCUCUGUCUACCUUUGACCUCGCUCAUAUGGGCUCCUUGCCCUCGGCGCGGACGCUCGCUCACCUUGGCUUGUCCAUGUCCAGUGUGGGGCAAACACGCUCCGAUUCGGCGUCGUUGGUCUUGGAUUUCUUGAACUUGGGCAGCGUAGCUUCUGUGCGAAGCUACACUUACUUUGGUCUUAUCCUGUUGUUCUUUGGACUCACUCGCUUCACUUCGAGCCUCUUAAUCUUGGACUUGGCCUAUUCUGAGUUCCUCUUGUCGCCUCAAGACUUUGGAUGCCUCGAGUCGAUCUUGUUACCCUUUGGGAGAGCUCACGUGGAUUUCGUGUCGUUGGCUCUGGAUCAUUUGCAUCCUGAACCAAUUCCGUUGGUACGUACGGUAGCUUCUGUUGAGCCAUCAGCAUUCACCUUCAGCUUGUCACGCGCUGGCUUCAUGCCGCCCGCUUUGGAUAUCAUCAAAUUUGGUCUGUCAUUGCUGUCGAGGAGUUCCGCAUGCUUUGAUUCAAGUCUGUUCACAUUUGGCCAAGCAUGCCCAGACUUUUGUCCGCUGACCUUUGAUGUCAGUGAGUUUGGAUUCUUUUUGUUCUUGAGAGCACUCGCUUGCUUGGGCUCAGCACUCUUCCCCUUUAGCGCCAUGCGCCUGGAGCUGCUGCCAUUCACCCUGGACGUCAUGGAAGUUGGGCCUUCACUGUUUCUCCAUGGCUAUUCUUCUUUGGGCCCUAUUCUGCUCCUCUUUGCACCAGUUCGUUUGGAGAGCUUUCUACCUGCCCUGGACCGCACAUGUCUUGGAUCUUCGACGUUAUUGCGCUCCGUGGUUCGUUUGGGAUUGGCCCUGCUGGUCUUUGACUCUGUUCAUCUUGGCUUUUUCUCGCUUCUGCAUUCUCUGGCUAAGUUAGAUCCCACCAUGUUCGCCUCCACUCGCAGCGCUCUUGGCCCAUUUCCAUCCAUCUCAGACAUGACGGAAUUGGGCACAGGACCAUCCGCGCGCAGCAUGAUGCGUUUGGGCUUCGUCUUCUUGAUCUACGGCCACUGCCGCUUUGACUCCAACCUCCUCGUGCAGAGCUUCGCACGUCCUGACUCUACACUCUUUCUCUUUAGUAGCGCCCGGCCAGGCUUCUUGCUCUUCGCCUUGGACAUGGCCAUCUUGGAGUCAUUUCUAUUGGUGCGGAGCCUUGUGAGGUGUGACUCAUCAGUGUUAGUGUUGGAUCUCUUGAAUCUUGGAUUCUUCUUGUCCUUGCGCAGUCUCGUGCAUUUGGACUUGAGCUUGCUGGUCUUUGGAAUGACCCGCUUUGAGCUCUUGGUGUUGGUUCCGGAUUUCUUGCACCUGGACAGCUGCUUGUUCUUAAGAUCAUUCUCACAACCAAGCAAGAUGUUGUCGGCCUACGGACCCUUGAAGUCUGGUUCGACGACGCUGAUUUUGGAUUUCUUGCAGUUGGGCUUCUUCCUGUCGGCGCGACAGCUCGCGCGACUCAUGUCCACGGUUUCGACCUUUGGACUUUCACAGUUAGAGCUCACCUUGCUUCUCCUCGACUUUGAUAGCUUUGCUUUCUCCUCGUUACUGCGAUCCUUUGCCCAAUUUGCUUCAGGAGUCUUGGUCUUUGAGCAUACAAAGUCGGAGUCAUUCCUUUCAUUGCAAGGGAUGCAAAGACUUGAGCCUUUUCUGUUGUCGUCCAGCUGUUCACGGCCUGAGUCAGGUCUAUCAGUCUUGGACCUCCUACAUUUGGGUUUCUCACUUUCAAUUCACAGCAUGGCACGACUGGAUUUGUUCUUUUCGACGGAGGGAUUUCUCCGUGCAGGCUUCACACUCUUGGUCUUUGAUGUAGCGAAGUUGGGCCUUUCCUUGUUGUUGAAGUCCAUCGCGCACGCAGAGCUCAAGUCUUCUCUCUUCAGCACUCUACGACCGGACCCUUUGAUUUCAGUCCUUGAUCUUCUUCACUCAGGCUUCCCUCCAUUGGCAAGAUCCAUCGCAUGGUUGGAGUUCACAGCAUCAGCCUUUAGCUCUGCUUGUUUGGGCCUGCCGCUUCUAGCUCUGGACCUCUUGCAUCCCGACUCUCCAGCUUUCAUGCGCAGUCAUUUCUGUUCAGGCUCAAUCGCGCCGGUCUUCGACUAUGGUCGAACCGGUUCUUCUACGUCACUCCGCAGCCUCCAACGUUUGGGACUCUACUUCUUGGUAUAUUCCCGCGUGUCACUUGGCAGCAGUUUGUUGGUGCUUGAUAGCUGCUCCCUGGGAUCUUUCGUGUCACCCCACAGCCUCCUGCAAGUGGGAAGUCAGCUUCCGGUGCUGGAUUGGGCGAAAUUAGAGCUGUCUUCGCCGUUGCAAGGACUCAUCCGUGUGGGAUUCGGAACGUCGAUCUUCGGCAGAUCUCAUUUGGAAUUCAUCAUUUCAGCAUUGGAUGGCCUAAUUUCAGGUUCGGCUCUGCCGUUGAGGAGCUUUGCUUGCUUGGGAUUGGGAUUACUUGUAUGGGACUUUGCUGUGAUAGGCUUCAGUUUGUCUUCGAGAGCCAUGGGAUGCUUGAGCUUGCCCUUUCCCACCCUCGGCAGUCAGACCUUGGGCGACUCCUUCUUCUUGCUUGACUGUGUCUUCUUGGACUCCUUCAUGCCACCUCGUCAACUUGCACGCUUCGAUCUGGCCAUAUCCGUACCGGAUUUCCUUCACUUGGGCUUGCUCCUGUUCUCAAAGUCUCUCAUGCGACCGGACCCUCCUUUGCUGGUCACCAGCGUCAGCCGGAUUGACUCCUUCUUGCUGGUGUUGGACCCUCUGCACCUGGGUCUAUCGCCACCCUUACAGUCCCAUGCCAAGUUAGAACUAGCAACGUUUGCCUCUGACCUCACGGAGUUUGACUCCUUCUCAUUCCUGCGGAACUCUAUCCACUUCGGCCUCACCCCGUCGGCCCUGGGCACUGCGCAUCCAAACCUGCCUCUCUCCGCCUCGGACCUCGUAGCACCCGACUUCUCCUUGUCGUCGCAGUCCUUAGCUCAUCUGGAGUCGUCGCUGUUCGCCUUGCACGUGGCACACUUCGAUCCGGCCAUUUCGACGCAGCAACUCACACGUCUCGGGCUCACGUUGUUGGUCUUGGGAAGGGUCGGUCUAGAAUUCAUGGCAUUGGUCUUGGAUUCUUUGCAUCUCGAACUGCCUACCUUGUUGCGGGGAAUGUCUUGCAUGGACUUCUCCAUGCUGGUCUUGCGAGUCAUGCGCUUGAGUUUGUCCAUUUCCUUGCGAAAUAUGGUACAGCUGGCAUCUUCACUGUCAGUCGUUGGCCUCGGCAGACCUGGAUUCUGUCUUUUGGUCCUGGAUUUCGCCACCCUUGAUUCCCCCGUUUCCUCACGGCAGCUAUGCCAUAUUGGCUCCACUCCGCUGAUGCUUGGUGUCAUUCAGAUUGGCCUUCCAAUGUUUGCACUGGAUGUGUCCAGUUUGGGUUCCCCUUUGCUUUUGCGACAAAUACUGCGUUUGGGCUUCCUCCCGUCCGUCUUUGGAGUGGCACGUUUUGAGCUUCUGCUUCUGGUACUGGACUGGUCUUUGCCAGGCUUUUCGGUUUCAGUGCAAGAUCUCGCAUGGUCAGGAUCGACCUGUUUGGUCUGCAGCUUCUUGAGACUCGAGCUCUUCCUGUUCGCUUCGGACUUCACUCGAUUUGAACUCUUUUCGCUUCUGCGACAGUUUGCACAAGCAGAUUUCAUGAUGUUGGUUCUCAGCUGUAUGAAGCUGGGACUAUCCUCGUCGGUGUUGGAUCACAGCUUCUGUGGAUCAUCAACCUUCCUGCGAGGAUCUUUCCGAUGUGCUUCAGCCCUGUUGGUUCUGGACUUCUUGCACUUGGGUUUUGCCCUAUCUUCACAGCCAUUCACUUGUCCUGGCUUUCUACCAUUGAUUUUUGGUCGGUCAAGCCUAGACCUUUUGGUGCCGGUCUUGGACUUCUUGCACUUGGAGAGUGGGAUGUUGGCACACAGCUACACCAAAUUGGGCUUUUCCAUGCUGCUGGUGGCCUAUGGGAAUUCAGACCCUUCCUCGCUCUUGCAGCAAUUUUUGCGUCUUGGAAGUACCAUCUUUGUGGUGAGUCAGACUCGCAUGGAGCUCCUUCUUUCAGUGGCAGAUCUUCUAGUUCUGGGCCUAACUCCGUCACUGCAGCAAUUUAGUCGACCUGAGCCAGCAUCUUUGGCUUCCAAAACUGCUCAGCUUGACUUGUCACUCCUCGUGUUGGACUCCACGCAAUUCGGACCCUCAUGGUUGCCACAAAGCUCUGUCCAUAUGGGGUCAACCUUCUUCAUGUUUGGUCAAGUAUGCUUGGCCUCGAGUCUAUCGGCCUUGGGUAUCUUGGAACUCGGCUCCAGUUGCUUCAUGCGCAGCUUCCUACGCCCCAGCUUGGCAGUGUCCAUCUUCAACCGCCUCCGUUCGGGUUUCAUGCUUUCUGCCUUGGACGCCAGUCACUUCGGCUCACCCUUGCUGCUGAAGAGCUUUGCACGCUUGGGCCUCGCGGCCUUGGCCUUGGAUCUUGCAGCCUUUGAGUCCUCACUCUUCGUCCUGGACCUCUUGCAUUUGGACUUCUCCUUCUUCUCACAAGCAGUUCAAAGACCCGAAUCGGCAUCGUUGGCCUCUGGAAAAGCGCGAUUUGAUCCUUUCGUAUUGGCCUCAGACUCUCUCCACCUGGGCUUCACCUUCUUCUUGCAAAGCUUCGGACGACCGGGUUCGGGCUCCUUGGUUUGGGGCAAGAGCUGCUUCGGUUUGACGGUUUCGGUCUCGGAUCCUUUACAUUCGGAUCUGCUGCUGUUCAUGAGAUCUGUUGCACAUCUCGACUUCUUCGUGCCAGCCAUGAACUUUGUGAAGUUGGAUUUGGUCAUGUUCCUGAGGAGUUUCGGUCACCUGGCAUUCGUGGCGUCGCUCUUUGACUUCAUAAAGUCGGGACUGUCCUUGUCUUCGCAACACUUGGCAUAUCUGGAACUCGCUUUGUUCGCUUGUGGAUUGGUCUGCAUGGACUUCUUCUUAUUCACUUGCGAUCUGGUCACCUCUGGCUCCUCACCCUUGCUGCGGAGCCAUUGCCACUCAGGCUCCACCUGCUUGCUCGUCACCUUCGCACAGCUCGGCUUCUUCACGUUUUUACGGAGUCGGUUUCGUCCAGACUUGGCAGCAUCGAUCUUCAUGUGGACGCGCUUCAGCUCGUCGGUGUCCCUCUUCGACUACCUACACUCGGGCUCGGCGACGUUGUCGCGAGCGAACGUGCAGUUGGGCUCGGCGUUUUCCGCGUUCUCACGGGUGAAGCUGGACUCCAUGAUGUCACUCUUUGAUUUUGUGAACUUCGAUCCCUUCUCAUCAGCACACAGCUUCAUGCGCUUGAGUUCCACUGCUUCCGUGGUGAACUAUCAACACAUAGGUUUGUUCAUACCCUUGCAGGCCAUUAGUCACCUGGAAUUCCCAUCUCCCGCCUACACCUCCAUGCGUUUAGAGCCUUUGCUCUUGGUCUUGGACUUCGCACACCUUGACUCGGCGCUCUUCACGCGAGGCUCCACGUGCUUGGACAGCUCCCCGUCGGUCUACGGCCUUUCGAAGUUGGAGUCCUCCUCAUUGGCCUUGGACUUCGUGCACAUGGGCUUCUUCACGCCUUUACGCAGCUCCUCGCGCACGGGCCUCUCCUCGUCCGCCUACGGCAUGACGUUACCGGAGUCGCCCCCCUUGGCGCUGGCCGCUCAGAGCGAGGGUGAACUCGCCGUGUAA